AUGAAAACGAAAACCAUUAAACCUGCCAUUUUGAUCCAUUUUGAUCCAUAUCCCAUUUUCAGACAACCCUUGUGGCGCCAGGGUGACGUGGUCCUUCCAACCCAUUUGCCGCGCUUGGAACGUCACGCGGACGUGGAGAACGGCGAUGAUUUACGGCCCAAAUUGGCUUCAGCGGACGUGGACUCGCGUGUGGUUGGCCUGCAGGCCUUUCUGGAAAAUCCCAGGCAUGCGCUUGAAAGUGCCGCGAAGACAACGGAGAGGAGGAAAUCGCGGUUGAGCGUCAUCGGCCGUGCCCUGCGCGGUCGUCACGGGCGCCGCGAGGUGUCGCCGAGCGUGGCGGCGAUGACCGAGUCGCUGGCGUUGGUCAGCGGGCUGCUGAAACGAGCGGCUGGGACGGGUGGUGGGUCCGUCAGCAGCACGGUCUAUGCCAUGGGAGAGGCGAAAGUUGGGAUGGUGGGUGGGGUGGAAAAGUGGCGAAGUCUGACAUCUGCUUCAGAAACUCCGGUUUCGUGUUUUGAAAUUGGAUGUUUAGAAGGGCAUUACUACAUGUGCAGUCAUGGCCAGGUGGCGGAAGCACUGGAGAAUGCACUGGGUUUGUUGGAAGAAUUGCCCAGCGGCGAAGCGGGUCGCGUCGGCGAAGCGGAGCGCGACGAGUUCUAUGGUUUUCUGGAAAAGUUGUUGUUGAAGAUCAGAGAUGCCUCAGAGAAACCUGGAAAGGUCCUCAUCAUUCCAUGCGGAUGGUUGCGCCGGCCUUGUAGCUCUGGCGGAGACGACUUGGGGCACUGCGUCCUGUUGGUCCUGCAGCGUUGCAGAGAUCGGGAGGAAUUCCUCAUGGGCAUUGUGAACACAGGUGAAGGUUUGCAAUAUCAUCCUGCAAGCCUAUCCCGUUUGCCACCCAACCCUGAACUACCUUUGCGACAAUCUCCUCUUGUCCUGACUGGUGUCAACGUGGAUCGCAUUCGAUCCAGCGGUUUCUGGUACCUGCUGUACCGGCAGAUACUGUAUCCGGAUCCAGCCAAUGGACCUGAGGCCUUCUAUGGCCUGUUGCUGCCUUUUCUCAACGAAAAACCUCUGAGUGCCAAUGCCUCAGCACUGUUUCCCAAGUGGCUGGAGCAUGUGCCCAUACCAGUGGCCGGCGACCGUUCGGGCGCCAUCUGCGUGGAACGUGCCGUGCGCUUCGCCCUGGUGGUGGCGGGGAUGGAUGCGCCAAGCGCCAGCUGGUGGAGCGGCGUGGGACUCCGCCGCGCGCUCUUGGAUUGCAUGAACGAAGCGCUACAGACAACCCAGCUUCGAAGCCCUGCGCCUGCCGAGUUUGCUUUGCUGCAGGUGGGGAUCUCCUCGUUGGCGCGCACCGCCGCAGCGAUGAGGGGCCACGAGCAGCAGAAGUUGGAACUGCAGAGUUUUAUUGAAUCCCUGGACUCUCGCGCGCAGCAGCUGCAGCGCCGCAGUCGCUCCGUGCAGCCGCGUCUUGGCUACGACGGAGCGGCGGCCGCGGCCACUGGCUUCGCGGGCUUCGGCCGGGUGCUGCUGCAGAACGUGGAGCAGUUGAAAGGGGAGGCAAAGUUUGGCUCCUUGACGCUGCCCUCCUUCCCUUCCGCGCUGCCGGCCAAAAUUUAUAGCGCCACUGAAGCCAGCGAGGUAUGUCACCUGGUGCGGAGCAUGGUGACGUUGAUGAUGAACCAGCAAGAUCGCUUGCCGCACGCCGCUGCGUCGUCUUUCGCCCUGGUGAUUCACCUCAUCUCCCGUCUUCUGCCGAUGCCACUGGCGGUGGAUGAUGCCCAGUGGCCCAAAGCAUGUUUCUGGGCCGGCGACCAGGCCUUGACCUUUGAGACGAAGCGCGAGCUGCUGCGGAACCUCAGCGGCCUGUCGCGCGGCUUCUCGGCCUCUGCCAGCGCCUUGAGCGCCAUCCACGCCACGAGGGAGAUGGACUCGGCUAGGACCUGCGUGUGUGCCGCCAUCUGUGCCCUGAUGGAUGCCCUGCUGCGAAGACCCUUGGAUCUCAGACAGGCCGGCGCCGGCGCCGGCGCCACGCGAGCGGUGCAGGAACGACAUGGAGAUCUCUUCUCCUUGCAUUAUGCGGGGAGAGCGGGAGGCCCAGAAAGUCCAUGUCGCCCUUUUAUUCUCAGUUCCAACUCCUUCCGCGACAUCUCCAAAGCCUUGCUGCUGCCGCAGCCAGAGAUGGCCCUGCUGAGGGCGCAAGCCUUGGACUACUUCGAGAGUUUGGAGAGGUUCUUGGAUAAGAGUUCUGCAAGCCAAUCCUCUGGUGGCAUUGUUUUCAACUUCGACAAGGGCAUGGAUCUGACAGAUGCCGACCGUGAUGCUCCAGGAGAGAGCCAUGUCGUUUUUGGAAGCUUCCGGAUGCUGGCACAAGCUGGACUGAAUGAGCUGAAGUUCUCACAUGGCCUCUUGGUGGAGCAGCUUUCCUUGAGCAUCGGCCUGGAUCCCUCUCCGUCGGCGGCCCAGUGGUGUUUCGUUUGGGCGGAGCAAGCUCUUACAGGAGAGCGGCCAGAGCUCAUCGAUUUCUUUCCGGAGCUGGCGUGCUUGCGGGACGCGGUUUUCCUUUGGAAAGUUCUGCUGCUUCCACCUGGUGAGGAUGCCGACAAGGCCUCAAGGCGGCCGCGGCUCUACGCAGUGCCACUGCAGUGGCGCUUCGUCUCCAACAGCGCCAAGCAACGAAAGUCACGGAAGGCCAAGGUUGGAGAGGAUGGGACGUUGGCAGUGCAAGGCUUUGAACUCACCGGGAAGAAGGCCUUCAGCAGCUGGUGGGCCACCAGCAACUGGCAGGCGGAACGAGGGGACGAGGGGCUGCAGAGUCUGAAGCGGUGGAUCACUGGACAAGAUGGAUACAAAUCGGAUUUCCGGAGCAUCAGUCAAGCGAACCCCAGCAUCUUGUCUGGAAGCCCUGUAGAUUGUGAAGAAGACAUUUUGGCGCUGCAGACGGUGCCAACCUUCGGGUCUUCUCUGAAACCUUCGGAGUCGGAGCUGCUGCUGACCUAUCUGCUGGCGCCCUACAUGCGCAUCCCGCCCCACGGCGGAAGUUGGGACCGGGGACCGUUGAUCCUGAACUUCUUUUGGGACAAGCAGCGGAUGACUUUACUGCAGGAACCGCAGCUUCAGGCCAUUCUCGAGGCGGCUCUCUUUGAGCCCGGGCCGUGGCUCUCACAGAAGGAAGAGCUCGAGGAGGUGCCAAAGACCAUCCCGGCCGCCUCCGCAGCGUAUCUGUCGACGCGUGCGGGGCUGUUGUUCAACGAGAUGCAGUACUCACCGGAACCGGUGAUGGCCUCCAUGCAUCGAUUGCUGCGCUUCGCACUGGAGCAAGACCCCGGGCGCGCGGAGACGCCACGCGAGGGCCUGAUUCUGUUCCUCGUGCGCUUGGCGAUUCGCGUGGAGAGCUACGGCCGGUUAGUGGUGGAACAAAGACAUCGGGUAGGCAGAAGACAAGUGGAUGCCAAACAGACGAACUUGGAAAGGAUCCGCAAAGGCUUAGAUGACCUGAGCAAAGUUUUGCAGCAAGACAUCCUGCAGAUGCUCUUGGAAUGGGCCACCCAGGCGGUGAGGCGAAGGCCUCGUAGCAUGGCCACCAUUUGCCGGAUCCACGCGCACAUUGCCUUCCUUUUCAAGAAUCAUGUGCCAGAAAGCAAGGAGGACAUUGCCAUUUUCCUCUCUUCCCAAAUCUUCAUCAACAACGCCACCGCGAAAUCUCCCAGCGAGUCCUCCACGAACUCCGCUUCGUUGGGCGUGGGUGAAUUCGAACUCUUCGAUCUAUUUGAGAUGCGAAGAUACGGCUUGGCCAAGUGGCUCCGAGAACAUCGAAAGGAGGCCUCGGUGAUCAUGGAAAACGUGGAGCAAGUGGUGACCUGCCAGGGUGUGGCCUUCAUCGACAUCCCCAACUCUCGGAGCUGGAGCGAACUUCCACACGAGCCCGGCAACUGGACCCUGAGCCAUGAACUGGAGAGCUCGCAGCCUGCAAAAACCUCGUACCGUGAAUGGCUACAUCUCUAUGACUCCAGUAGUGUGGUGGUGUCCAUCAAUCAGGGUCGAUAUCACUGCCGCGAUGCCGGCCUCGGAUUGCUGCCGCACGAUGUCUUGACCUCUGCGCACCUCACUGAGGCGCCCGGCGGCGGCCGGGGCGACCAAGGUGACCAGUACACGGUGGCUUUCGGCAGCUUGACGGACAGCCAAGUGGUGGUGCGCGAGGAGACGGCGCAUCGCGUGUGCUUCGAGCUCGUGGGACAGAAAUACGAGGUCCAUGUUUGGGACGAAGAUCCGCGCUUGGAAAACGGGCCUCUGAAUGUCAACAGCCUGGAAAAAGUUACGAGUGGCUGGUGGAUGGAGGUGUUAGAGCCCAUCUUGUCGCGCUGGCGGCACGACCUGACCUUUUACAAAAUCUCCGAGGGCGCGAGCAGCUCCUCUUCAGCGGAUUUGUGGCUGCUGGCGCUGGCUCCAAAGCUGCAGUUGGAGAUUGGACUUUGGCGCCAAACACCCCUGGUGGAAAUCUAUGACCUGCCGAGUCAUGGACGUCAGAUCUAUCGUCGUCUCAUUUUCACCUCGGACAUGACGUGGUCUUUGCAUAGUCCGGAGGGCCCGGAGGCAGCCCUUUAUUCAGUUCAAAGCGCAGGAUGGAGUCUGGGCAAAGGCAUCCUUCCCUCCGAAAAUUCCAAUCCGGGUCAGAGCGUGCGCAUCUUUCGCUACCUGUCCUCAGCACAAGGGCGCGAGGAGUUCGUCCCUGCCGAGAUGCUUCGGGGGCUUCUGCCCGACGCCUUGUUGGAGCGCUACAAAUUCUGGCGCCACAAGGGUGAGUCAGAAGCGCUGCUGGCGGAGGAGCGUUUCGAGGUGGAUCAACCCACCCGGCUGCGGGUGAAAUUCCUCUCGCCGCAACUGGGACUUUUUCCAGAGGCCCUGACCACGGUGAAACGCUGCAAGUUGAGGAGGUUGGAUCCCACAUCUCCCAGGUCUAACGGAGGCUUGGAGGAGGGCGCGGCGGAUUUCUUGGUGAAUACCAAGCUGGGUAUGAAUGGCCUCACUGAGCUGUUGGCACGCCUGGAGAACUUGUCUCACAUCCUGGCGUGGAGUGACCGUGUGGAUGGCAAGGGUGGAGUGUCUCGCAUCGAGCUGCCACGCCUCUCGCUGUCCUUCACACGCGACGGCGGCGGACGCUUCUACUGCGACCAGUUGGCAGGGCAUUGGAUUUUGGAAAAUCCCGAGUCCACUUCUGUGCCGGUGCACAAACUUUUAGCGCAUUUUGGUGGUGGCUCAGUACUCCUGGGCACAGGUGAUGGAAAUCUGGCCAUUUUGGUGAGCGCCUUAGCGCAGCCCUUGCGCCCCUGGGCGUUGGGCGGUGCCCUUGGCGCCGCCGGCAGCGGCCCCGCUGAGGAGUUUCUGCCGGGGCAGUUGCUGCUCCGCCGCGCCAGCGGCGCGUGGGUGGAGCGCCUGAGGGAAGGUUCCAGAUAUUAUUGCUAUCCACUUCACCGCUGCAGCAUGAUGGUUUUCACGCCAACUCCAGCGGCGGCACUGUAUUUGUUGCUCUGCCGCUAUCUCACCUGGCACUUUGAAGAAGUGGUGGCCAUGGCUGGGGCUAUUUGCGAAGUGGUGCGUCCCGAGGAACAGCAGCUGUGGGAAUGUCUCAGCGUCUUGCAGGGCGAGUGCCACGCGGACGCCGUGGCCUGUCGUCUCCAGCUGACCUUGGCAUCGCUGCCCUUUGGCAAACACGCGCGGCCGCCCUGGGACGUGGCCAAGCAGCUGCUGGAAUACUCUGCCAAGAGGCAUUUGGUCUCAGCUGGUUGCGCAUUGUCGGUUUCACAAGAGUUGCUGCUGCACAAUCUACCGGAACUGCAGGCGGCCAGCAGUCCUCUCCUGGGCAGCCGCCGUGCUGUGCUGGAAUGCCUGGUAGCAGCUCAGCGUAGUGGACAGCAAAGCUCACUGGUCAUACCCUUGGGUCCCCAGCUGGACGAUCUGGGCUUCGACCGUCAACGGAGCCGCGAGCUGCUGGGGGAGGUGGGCUUCUUCACGCGCGUGGCGUGUUCCAUGCAGGGCCUGACCUAUACCAGGCCUGAGGGUGAACGCCCCGUCCUGGAAGGGUCUGCGGCCUUGCGUUUCUUGGAUGCGCUCUUCGGUCGUAUGGGCGCUGCUGGGACGGGGGGUCUCCUGGCGUUCCGUGGCUCGUUCUUUCUGCUCUACGAGCUCUUCACCGGGACCCUGGAGGUGAAACUCUUCCCGGAUGACAACCCGGGGAUCUUGGCGUCGGCCCUGCUGCGUUUGAUGUUUGGCGCUGAGAAUUUCACCAUGGACAUGGAGCAGGCGGUGUUGCGCGCCCUGGACUCCACGCCGGAGCUCUCUUCCGAGAUGCCGCUCUGGGGCUCAUCGGCCACCAAGAGGACCUGGCAGGUUGGAAAUCUCAUCCGCUUGGACCACGACUCUUCGAGUCGUUUGUUGCGCAGCGCCAUGAAGCACUUGCGUCAGCAACAGAAGUACUUGCAUCCCGUGCGCCGCUACGAGAGCUUUUCCCCCGCCGAUGGUAAACUGGUCAUCGAUCCCCACGACAUCGACCAUAAACGCCACUGGUCACCGCCCUUGACGCAGAAUGUGAACUGCCAAAGUCGGGGAUUCAGCUACGGCUCUCAGGAUAGCUUGAAAUGCUUGGGAUCUCGACCAUUGGCUCAGCUCCUGCAAAGUUCCUGCGGAGAGAUCGGAGAGCAGUCUGAAGAAUUGAAGCAGGACCAGGACGUCCUGUCCUUGCGCUCCUGGCUGCAGAAGCUGCGCAGUGCCCAGGCGGAUCCCAACUUUCGCUUCACGUCGCUGCCACCGGGGCAGCGGACCCUGGAGCGGCUGCUGCUGGAGUUGUAG